GCUCGCGAUGGGGAAGAAGUCCCGGGCGGUACCCGGCCGCAGGCCCAUUCUGCAGCUCUCACCACCUGGUCCCCGAAGCAGCACGCCCGGACGGGACCCGGAACCAGAGCCCGACACCGAGCCGGACUCGACGGCGGCGGCCCCGAGUCAGCCAGCUCCGGCGGCAGUGGCGCCGGCAACGACGACUGCGGCGACGGCUCCCGCGGCGACGGCUACCCCAGCGUCGGACGACUCGCCUUCAGAAGAUGAACAGGAAGUGGUGGUGGAGGUUCCCAGAGUUGUUCAGAAUCCUCCGAAAGCAGUCAUGACUACCAGACCCACAGCUGUUAAAGCAACAGGAGGUCUUUGCUUACUUGGUGCAUAUGCUGACAGUGAUGAUGAGGAGAGUGAUGCUUCGGAAAAAACAGCACAAUCCAAAGAGGCAAAUGGAAAUCAGUCAUCUGAUAUUGACAGUACAUUGGCCAACUUCCUAGCGGAGAUUGAUGCCAUAACAGCUCCUCAGCCUGUAGCUCCUGUGGGAGCUUCUGCUCCACCUCCAACUCCACCUCGUCCGGAGCCCAAGGAAUCUUCAACAUCUGCCCUUUCUUCUACUGCUUCAAAUGGGACAGACUCAACCCAAAUAUCAGGGUGGCAGUAUGAUACUCAGUGUUCACUGGCAGGAGUCGAAAUUGAGAUGGGUGAUUGGCAAGAAGUCUGGGAUGAGAACACAGGAUGUUAUUACUAUUGGAACACACAGACAAAUGAAGUGACUUGGGAGUUACCCCAAUAUCUUGCCACCCAGGUACAGGGAUUACAACAUUACCAACCCAGUUCUGUAGCAGGUGCUGAAGCUAGUUUUGUGGUAAAUGCAGAAGUGUUUACUAAGGAAAAAACUGUUUCCAGUAGUAAAAGUGGACCAGUCAUAGCCAAGCGAGAGGUUAAAAAGGAAGUAAAUGAAGGAAUUCAAGCACUCUCGAAUAGUGAGGAGGAGAAGAAAGGGGUGGCGGCAUCCUUGCUUGCCCCUUUGUUGCCUGAGGGAAUAAAAGAAGAAGAAGAAAGAUGGAGGAGAAAAGUAAUUUGUAAGGAAGUGGUGGAGCCAGUUUCAGAAGUGAAGGAAGCAAGUACAGCAGUAGAAGAAGCAGCAACAAUAGUAAAGCCUCAGGAAAUUACAAUGGACAGUAUAGAAGACCCUUCUCAAGAGGAUCUUUGCAGUGUUGUUCAGUCUGGAGAAAGUGAGGAGGAGGAAGAACAAGAUACCCUUGAGCUGGAGCUGGUUUUAGAAAGGAAAAAAGCAGAGUUGAGAGCUUUGGAGGAAGGAGAUGGUAGUGUGUCAGGGUCUAGUCCACGUUCUGAUAUCAGCCAGCCAGCAUCUCAAGAUGGAAUGCGUAGACUUAUGUCUAAAAGAGGAAGAUGGAAGAUGUUUGUUCGAGCUACCAGUCCAGAAUCCACCAGUCGGAGUUCUAGCAAAACUGGACGAGACACUCCAGAAAAUGGAGAAAUUGCAAUUGGUGCUGAAAAUUCUGAAAAAAUAGAUGAGAGUUCAGACAAAGAGGGAGAAGUAGAAGAAUCUCCAGAGAAGACAAAAGUACAAACAGCACCAAAAGUAGAGGAACAAGAUUUAAAAUUUCAGAUAGGAGAACUGGCAAAUACCCUGACCAGUAAAUUUGAAUUCCUAGGCAUUAAUAGACAGUCCAUCUCCAACUUUCAUGUGCUGCUCUUACAGACUGAGACUCGGAUUGCAGACUGGCGGGAAGGGGCUCUUAAUGGAAACUACCUUAAACGAAAACUUCAGGAUGCAGCAGAACAACUAAAACAGUAUGAAAUAAACGCCACACCAAAAGGCUGGUCCUGCCACUGGGACAGGGAUCAUAGACGAUAUUUCUAUGUAAACGAACAAUCGGGCGAGUCUCAGUGGGAGUUCCCAGAUGGUGAGGAGGAGGAGGAAGAAAGCCAAGUACAAGAAAGUAGAGACGAAACUCUUCCUAAACAGAUUUUGAAAGACAAAACUGGCACUGACUCAAAUUCUGCAGAAUCCUCCGAGAAUUCCACAGGUUCUCUUUGUAAAGAGUCCUUUUCUGGCCAAGUUUCUUCUUCAUCACUCAUGCCACUUACUCCAUUCUGGACUCUUCUUCAGUCAAAUGUGCCUGUGCUUCAACCUCCGUUACCCUUGGAAAUGCCUCCACCCCCACCUCCACCUCCAGACUCCCCUCCUCCCCCACCCCCACCCCCACCUCCUGUAGAAGAUGGUGAGAUCCAGGAGGUAGAGAUGGAAGAUGAGGGAAGUGAGGAGCCUCCUGCCCCAGGAACGGAGGAGGAUACUCCUUUGAAACCUUCAACACCAACCACGGUUGUAACUACUCAGAGUUCACUUGAUUCUAGCACCUCUAGCUCUCCUUCCACUAAAGCAGUGAAGAGAAAAGCUACCGAAAUGAGUCCUGCGGUCGUGCAGAGAUCCGCCACGAUCGGGAGUUCGCCUGUCCUCUACAGCCAGUCAGCUGGAGCCAGGGGUCAGCAGGCAACAGGAGCGGGCAUCAGUAACCAGGCUGCAGGGAUUGGACACACAGCAAUGACAGUUAGUCACUCAGCAGCAGGAAUGGGUCAGCAGGCCAGGGGAAUGAGCCUGCAGGCGAAUUACCUAGGACUUGGAACAGCAUCUGCAAUGAUGAGCUAUGCUGAAUGCUCUGUCCCAAUUGGAAUGACUGCUACCACACUGCAGCCAGUUCAGGCUCGAGGUGCUGUGCCUGCCAACACCAUGCUAGAACCUCCUCCUCCUCCGCCUCCACCUCCACCACCGCCACCACCAGCUCCCAAAAUCCCACCACCUGAGAAGACCAAAAAAGGGAAGAAAGAUAAGGCAAAGAAGAGUAAAACCAAAAUGCCAUCUCUGGUAAAAAAGUGGCAGAGUAUCCAGCGUGAGUUAGAUGAAGAGGAAAACUCCAGUUCCAGUGAAGAGGACCGGGAAUCCACCGCACAGAAGCGAAUAGAAGAGUGGAAACAGCAGCAGCUGGUCAGUGGCAUGGCAGAAAGGAAUGCUAAUUUCGAAGCCCUUCCAGAGGAUUGGCGCGCAAGACUGAAGAGAAGGAAAAUGGCUCCAAACACAUAA